AGCUGUUAUAUUCGUCAAUGUUCGUUCCCUUAGAAUGCAAUUACAUGCUGCCACUUUUCACUUAGAGUGAGGUGGGCUCCUCAGCCCAUGCCUACGUUAGCUUGAGUAUACUUCGGCUAGAAGUAGUUGUACUCAUCUUUUGGCGCCAGAGAGUAGAGACUGCUUUCUCUUUAUCCUCGUCUAUAUAUAGUUGAUCAUGAGCCUUGUUUUUUCCCACACCAGCAAUUCUACACUCAGUGUUUUCCGUUCAGUUGAAGCUUGCGACUUAAGUUUGACAUUGUACCAGAGCCAAAGAUCUUUCUAUAUAUCAUGAAUAAAAUACCGCUGCACUUUGGAAAUCAGGUUUCAGAGGACAGUUUUUCUGUGCUUUGGAAACUAGAAGAUGUCUCUGGGAAAUUUGAUUUCGUAAAGAAAAACUUGUGCUUCAUUUUUUCCCAUCUUUCCGAAGACUACAAGUUUGAGAUCUCUUUCGAGAACAUUAGGAAGAUUGAGCUAUAUCUUCCACGUGGUCAAGCAAAAAAGUUUCUUCUCAUUCAGUUACUUGGUGCUCCAAGGAUAUAUGUGAAACAUGUAUCUGAUGUUCGUCGUUAUGAGUGGGUCAGAGAAGUUGAUUUCACUCCAUCCAGAUUCAUUGGCCAAUCUUAUGCUCUAUGUUUGGAGCUUCCAAAAAAGAGGCGGCUUGAGAAAUUACGUCUUGAUUUUUUCCAUUGUAAAGAAAAUAAAAACCAAUUUGGAUUGAUAGGAGGCUCUCCUUACUCGUUCAGUUCAGGUCUUGUGCCCAUUGUGAAUCCACCCACAGGCUUUCACCUGCCAUAUAAAAUCUUGUUUAAGAUCAACUCUUUGAUUCAGCAUGGAUGUGUUCCUGGGCCAGCAAUUGUUAACGAUUUUUAUAGGUUGGUCGAUCCAAAGAAAAUCAAAAUCAAGAUGCCAAAGAAAAUCAAAAUCAACAUGAUAGAAAGUGCCCUGGACAAGCUUUUUCAUUUGAAGGACUGCUGCUAUGAACCUGUGAAAUGGCUCAAGGAGGAGUACACAAGAUACCCAACAUCUACUCGAUUUCAAACAACUCCCGCUAUUUCUUUAGAUGAUGGGCUGGUAAAUAUACACAGGGUUCAAAUUACUCCAUCUAAAGUAUACUUUGGUGGUCCAGAGGUGAAUCUCUCCAACAGAGUCUUGCGCCAUUAUCAUGAAGAUAUUGAUAAUUUUCUGCGUGUUUCGUUUGUCGAUGAGGACUUAGAUAAAAUGCACUCAUUAACUUUAUCUCCACGUUCAUCAUCUGCAAAUGGGGACAAGCGAACUAGAGUUUAUGAUAGGAUACUAUCCACUCUCAGAAAUGGAAUAGUUAUUGGGUAUAAGAAGUUUGAGUUUCUUGCCUUUUCAUCCAGUCAGCUACAUGAAAAUUCUGUUUGGAUGUUUGCUUCAAGACCUGGCUUGACUGCAGCAGAUAUUAGAGAAUGGAUGGGUGAUUUUCGAGAUAUAAGGAAUGUGGCAAAAUAUGGUGCCAGACUGGGUCAGUCUUUUGGCUCUUCUAGAGAAACUGUCAGCGUUGGCAUAGAUGAAAUUGAAGUCAUUCCGGAUGUAGAAGUUAAGAAGGGACAAGUCACAUAUUGUUUCUCAGAUGGCAUAGGGAAGAUAUCUGAAGAAUUGGCUCGCAAAGUGGCAACAAAGUUAGGCUGUAACUCUGUUCCAUCAGCAUUUCAGAUUCGAUAUGGAGGGUACAAAGGUGUUGUGGCUGUUGAUCCGACAUCAUCAAUGAAGUUGUCAUUGAGAAAGAGCAUGUGUAAAUACAAAUCGGAUAACACAGAACUCGAUGUUUUGGCAUGGAGUAAGUUUCAGCCCUGUUUUCUCAAUCGUCAGAUAAUAACUCUUUUGUCUAACCUCGGGGUUAAGGACCAAGCUUUUCAGAAAAGGCAAAGGAAGGCUAUACAUCAAUUGAAUGCCAUAUUAAUAAAUCCUUGGAGAGCACAGGCGGCACUGGAAAUGAUGUUCACAGGGGAGAUCUCAAAAGUUCUAAAGGAAAUGCUUAUAUGUGGUUACAAGCCAAAUGCAGAACCAUUUCUUUCAAUGAUGCUUCAAACAUUCCGUGCAUCUAAGUUGAUGGACAUGCGGUUGAGAAAAAGGAUUUUUGUUCCAAAUGGAAGAGCUUUGAUGGGAUGCCUUGACGAAACCAGGACAUUGAAAUAUGGUCAAGUAUUUCUGCAAGUUUCUCACUUUAGUAGGGAGCUCAGUAACAAGUCAUCCCUUGUGUUUAGUAUCAGCAGUUCAAACCCAAAUAACUUCAUUUGUGAAGGUGAGGUGGUUGUUGCUAAAAACCCUUGUCUACACCCAGGAGAUGUGGGAGUCCUCGAAGCUGUGAACGUGCCAGCUCUACAUCAUAUGGUGGAUUGUGUUGUUUUUCCACAAAAGGGAGAGAGACCACAUCCAAACGAAUAUUCGGGAAGUGAUUUGGAUGGAGAUUUGUACUUCGUCUCUUGGGAUCGUGAUCUUAUUCCUCCUCGUCCAAUUCAACCAAUGGAAUAUAUUGCAGCACCAACUAAGCAAGUUGAUCAUGAUGUUACAAUAGAGGAAGUAGAAGAGUAUUUCACAGACUACAUAGUCAACGACAAUUUAGGAAUCAUUGAUAAUGCCCACGUCGUCUUUGCAGAUAGGGAGCCCGAUAAAGCAAUGAGCUCUAAAUGUAUGAAGCUUGCGGAGCUUCACUCAAUUGCUGUUGACUUCCCAAAAACUAAUAUUGUAGCUGAAAUACCUCCUGAUCUACGAGUCAAAGAGUAUCCAGAUUUUAUGGAAAAGCCUAAUAAAAAGAGCUACAUAUCAAAAUCUAUUAUCGGAAAGCUUUUUCGAGAAGUGAAAGACAUUGCAUCGCCCACGAGUCCUAUGAAGCCCUUCACUUUGGAAACUGCAAAACAGUAUUAUGACUCAGACAUGGAAGUAGACGGCUUUGAGGACUACCUCAGUGAUGCUUUCAAAUACAAAAGUGACUAUGAUUACAAGUUGGGGAAUUUGAUGGAGUAUUAUGGAAUCCAAACUGAAGCCGAAAUUCUCAGCGGCAAUGUUUUGAAAAUGUCAAAACAUUUUGAUAGGAAGAGGGAUUUCGAUGCAAUUAAAUAUGCUGUAAAGUCACUAAGAAUGGAAGCAAGGAACCGGUUCAACGAGGGGAGUGAUGCAGACAAUAAUGAUAAUGCAAAAGCAAAAGCAUCGGCCUGGUAUCAUGUCACAUAUCAUCAUACUUACUUGGAUCGCCACAAUGAGGGAACUCAGGGAAUGGAUGGGGCCCAUUUCCUUAGUUUUCCAUGGUGUAUCUAUGACAAGCUUCUGCAAAUCAAGAAGGAUAAAAAGAGCAUAUAAUUUCUUCAUAAGUACUGUCGUCGUCGUCGAUGAUUGCAUUUCUCUAAACAACUUAUGUAUAUUUGAUAGCAGUUUGAUAUGGCUACCAUUUUAAUUUUGUGUACUGUUAUUGGUUUUUGCAUGUAAAUGCUCCAGGCAGAUUUUUGGAGCUUGAGAAUAUGUAUUUGUUUAUAUUGUAUUUGAAUAGAUUUCCAGUACUUGUGCAUCCUUUUAUAUUACGUACAAUUGGUUUGGAAUGAUUGUAUUCUUUGAAUAUAAUUUUGUCGUCUUUAUUUA